GAGAGAUGCAGCCCCGUCUCCGGUUCCUCCUCUCCUCCUCCCCCAGCCCUCCCUUCCCAUCCUUCUCCAUCCCCUGCGCGGCUGACGUGUCUGCCUGGCACUGCUCAUGCUCUCCCUCCGCCCCAAGCCCGGGUCCCAACCUCGCCGCUCGCCCCCGCCUUCUCUUCUCUCCUCCCCGCCGCCUCGCCAUCGCCGUCCCCCGCGCCCGGGGCCUCCCUCCGCCCCCCUCACCCCUCCAGCUCCAGCUCCGGCCCCAGCCCCGCCAAAAUGGCUGCAGCGCCGCGUCUGCCCUUCUGCCUCCUCGUUCUACUCUUCUCCUCUGGGCCGCGUCUGGGUCAAGCGAGCCGAAGCGGGGACCGGCGCUUCGCGGAGCUGAAAAGCUGCUCGGACGAGGAGUGCAGCAUGCUGAUGUACCGGGGUAGAGCUCUGCAGGAUUUCACAGGUCCAGACUGUCGCUUUGUAAAUUUCAAAGAAGGGGAAGCUGUGUAUGUCUAUUACAAAUUAGUAGGAAGAUCACCUGAACUUUGGGCUGGAAGCGUUGGCAAUGUUUUUGGGUACUUUCCAAAGAAUUUAAUUGAAGUAAAUCAUCAGUAUUCUGAACAAGAACUAGAACUACCAACAGAUGAAACAGAUUUUGUUUGUUUUGAUGGAGGAAGGGAUAAUUUUGACAACUAUGAUGUUGAAGAUCUUUUAGGAUUUUUGGGAGAAACUGUAAGAGGCAAAGGGGAAGAUGAAUUGAACACUUCAGGAACUGAAAGCUCUGAGAAACCUACAGAAGAAAUAGAGGAGGAGAAUCCUAAGAAGGUAAAUUUUGAAGAACCUCUUGAAGUAUCCAAGGAUGGCAAUGAUGAGCCUGAAACAGCAGUGAACAGCAAAGUUCUUGCAAGUUCAGAAGAAAACAGCUUAGUUUCUGAAAACACUAAGAAUCUAGAGGAAGAAUUUGAAAAACAGAGGCUCCCAGUCCAUGUAAAUAGUCAUGCAGAUAGUCCUCAGGGAAACCAACCCUCCCUUGAGCCUUUAGAAGAAAUGCUGCAAGACAAAUUAAAAGUGCCAGAGAGUGAGAAUGCCAAAAAUACCAAUAUUUCUCAGCUUUCUAAGGACUGGGAGGAGAUUGAUGCCUAUAAACUUUUGAAGAAGGAAAUUAAUUUGGAUUUGAAAACAAAAUUUGGCUCAACUGCAGAUGCACUUGUAUCUGAUGAUGAAACAACUAGACUUGUUACUUCAUUAGAAGAUGAGUUUGAUGAGGAAUUGGACACUGAUGAUUCCAAACUUGAGGAAGAGGACAGGGAUAGCUUUGAUGAACCACCGUUACUAACUUUUACAGAUGGAGAAGAUGGGAAAAUCUCAGGGAAGACAGUAGUUGAGAAAUAUUCUACAGGUGAAAAUCUGUAUACUGAAGGAGAUACUGAAGAAAUAGCUCAGCCUAGGACUGGUGAAAAAAAUGAUAAAAAUAUACUAAAAACCUUAGGAGAUACUAUUUUCUCUAUUGUUGGUGGAGGUGAAGAAGAAAGAGAUACCACAGAUUUGGAUGGCUCUGAUCUAGAUGAAGAAAAUGUAGAGGAUAAUGAAAAAGUCCUAACUAGUAAAUGGGAAGAAAACAGCAAUCCUUUGACUAUAGAAGAGCCUGUAACACAUCAUGACAACAACCUACAAGAUACUCUUGAAAUUGGCACAGUGACUGAAAUUAAGGAAGAAAGUGAGAGAAUACAGUCACAUAAGGAAGAAUUCACGAAGAAUGGAAUGGAAUUAGGAGAUGAGGACAUUUCUAGAAAACGUCCUGCUCAUGAAAGUGGCCUUAAAGUUAAUAAUCCUGCUGAAAUAAGAGAAGACACUUUAAAAUCACCACUUAAUGAUGUGGAAGGUGACCUAAAAGGAACCGUUAAUCACCAGAUCACAAAAGGGGAGCUCCAUAGGGAAAAGUCUGGAGAGAGGGUUUUAGAUGACAACUUAGAGAGUGAUCCUGUACAUAAAACUCUCUGGAAGAAAAUGAAAGAGAAAAAUACUGAGCAGAAACCUGUAAGUAUUAAACCACUGUUAGAAGAUGAACAACAAAAUGCAUCCAAAGGAAAUGUGGAUAUAAUAGAUAUUUCAGAAAAUGAACAAGAGCAGGAAAUGUUUCCAGUAAAGAUGCAAGGAAAAGAAUCUAGACAGCCAGCUGUGCUUAACAUUGAAAGUCAAGUCAACAUUUCUUCUGUAGAUCAAACUGAUUUACCAAGACAAAAAGUGGAGGAGAAUCUCACGUUGGAAGAAAAUUUAUUGGGCCAGCAGGAAAAAGAUAUGGAAACUGAGAUUAGCAAGCAGCUGGAUGAAAAGAUCAGGCAUUCCAAAAGAGAGAUUCAAGAACAACUUUCCAAAGAUGAAAGCAAAGAAAUGGAGAGCUCACAAAGUAAGGACAAAGAUAUUCCUAAGGAUGUAGAAACAAAUUAUUUCAAAGAAAAUGUGGGCCAACCUCCCCUGAUCAUAGAGACAACAGAAUUCCAGACUGAAAAGGCAGAACCUGAAGGUGAUGACUUUUACACAGCCGAGGACUUGUUAGAAGAUGAAAAUGCUAUAAGCGCUGCUAGUGGCCAGGGCAGUAAGAUAAAUGUUGAUAUGCAAAUGAGAGAAAAAGCUACUUCAGGAGUCGAUAAUCUGAUUCCUGCCAUGGAAGAUACCAAAGAGAAAACAAGCAUGAUUUUGGAAACUGAGGGAAUAGACAGUAGCUUGCAAGGUUCAGGCAAGACUGUGCCCAAAGGAGUAACUGCAAAGGUUGGAGAAUCUGUUAAAAUAGCUAUAGGGCAGCAAGAAAAGAAUCCCCUUGAAAAAGAUGAAAAAUCCACAUCCUCUGCAGUUAGUGACUCUUUUGGCAAGGAUGAAAAUCAGGCUCAAGAUGUAGUUGAAGAGACUAACUACUUUGAAAAAGAAGAUGGUCUUAAAAACAAAAAAGACUUCAGUUACGCAGAAAGGUCUUGGUCAGAUGAUUUCUCCCAAGAGGACCUUGAACAUUCACAGAAUUUCACUGAUACAGAAAGUCAAACAAAUCAGCAAUCUGAUUCUACAGAGAUUGAAGACAACCUGGUCUAUAAAAAAGCUGUAAAGUCAGAAUAUAGUAACACAAUAAAGCAACUGCCUAUCAUUAAGGGCUUUCUUGAUGAAAAACGAGUAGAAAGAUUAGAAAAGUACCUUGGGUCUGAGAAUGUCUUGCUAAUGGAAUCCACAUUCCAUGACAUGGAAAGUAAGCUGCGGCUUGCUCAAAAGGAGAGCCUGGCAUAUAAUAUGGAAAAAGCCCUGGACGAUGUCUUUCGAUCUUCAGAGUCAGACAUCCUUGAGAUGGUGGAGAAAAUGUUAGAUUCAAGAGUGGCAGAAAACAAGGAACUGGGCAUGGAGGAGAUAGACAUGUUUGAUGAGGAGGCUUCUCUGCUGGAUGAUAUUCAGGACCUGAUCUAUUUUGUCAGAUACAGACACCCUUUGGUAGAAGAGAGUGUACCACUAGCAGCAGCUGCGCCUCCAGAAGACAGCUCUAAGGUGCCUCUUGCAGUAUUUCCUGUAGACCAAAAAACAGAACCCAAAGGAGACCGGGGAAGAAAGUUUGCAGUGAAUGAAGGGGAUACAUUUGCACCAGAGGAAAACAAGAGGCCACCACAGAAUAUAGAAGUAAAAGUCCGUGAAGUGGAAGUACCUGAGGAGGACAUGGACCUUCCAGAAAGGGAUGAUCUUUUGGAUUCAGGAGAGAGCAGAGAUGUCAGUCACUCAGAAGAUGGACUACCGGUUAAAGAGUCCUCACCAAACCAAAGUACUGGGGAAGAUUUGGCUAAAGGAAUGAUUUCAUUAGAAGAUACUCCUUUGGAUACAAAACAACAUCCUCUAGAAAUAAUUUCCACAGAAGAAUCUCCUUUAGAUACAGAACAACAUCCUCUAGGAAUGGUUUCCACAGAAGAUAGUCCUUCCACAGAAGAUAGUCCUUCCACAGAAGAUACUCCUUUGGAUACAGAACAACAGCUAGAAACAAAUCCAGAGGUGCCACCAAUUCUUGCAGCUAUGAAGAGUGCAAGUCUUGUAGCAAAAGAAAGCAUAAAACAGUAUACUGAGAUGUUGGUUGCUACAUUGCCUGAGGAUAUUCGACCUGGUCCUGAUUUUCAUGGAAUGCCCUGGGAGCCUAUAAUUAUUACAGUCUUACUGGGAGUUGCUUCAUUUGCCAUUUUCUUCUGGAGAACUUUCCUUUCAGUAAAGAGCAGAGUUUAUCAAGUGACUGAAAAACAGCUUGCUGAGAAGAUUAAAGUUCUUUUACAAGAAAAAACAGAGAUUUUAGAAAAGAUGUCAGAAUAUGAUCAGAAGAUCAAAAAAGCAAAGGAGUCAGUAAAGGAAACUAAGAAACAAAAUAUUAAUCUUUCUGAUGAAGCAGCUGGCCUUAAGGAGAAAAUCAGACGACUUGAAGAAACAAACCAAAAACUGGGUGACAAAGUGAAAAAUAUCCAUUCUUUGUUGGAAACUGAGAAGGAACAGAAUGUAAAGAAACAGGACAUGAUAUUAGAAACUCAGAAAUCAAUAGAAAAGCUACAAGAAGUUAUUACAAUGCAUUCUGUUGAACUUUCCGAGGUGCAGGUAGCCCUUAAUGAAGCUAAGCUCAGUGAAGAGAAAGUGAAGUCUGAACUGCAUCAUGUGCAAGAAGAGAAUGCGCGACUCAAGAAGAGGAAGGAGCAGCUGCUGCAGGAAGUAGAAGGUUGCAGUGAGCGACACAGUGAACUUACUGAGCAAAUCAAAUUAUAUCAGAAGACUCAGAAAGACACCGAAGAAGCCCUUGCUUACAAAGAGAAUGAAAUUGAAGUUUUGACUAAUUGCAUUAUGCAGCUGAAACAACUUGAUCUUGAUUCUGAAUCUGAGGGCAAAAAUAAUGAAGGAGGAAAUGGCUGGGAUGACUUAGCCAAUGGAGAGAUGUCAGAUAAAAUCACCUCAGGUAAUAAUCGGAAUGAGAAGAUGAAGAGCCAGAUUAAACAGAUGAUGGAUGUAUCACGGGUUAAAACUACAUUAACAAUAGUUGAAGAAGAUAGAAACCAAUUGCAGUCCAAACUAAGUGAUGAAAUAAAAGCUCGGCAUGAAUUGGAAGAACAAAUUAAGAAGUUGGAACAUGAUUCUUCUUCGCUGCAGUCAGCCAAAACACAGUUAGAAAGUGAAUGUAAAACUCUGCAACAGAAAGUGGAGAUUCUCAAUGAACUCUACCAGCAGAAAGAGAUGGCUCUGCAGAAGAAGCUCACUCAGGAAGAGUAUGAAAGGCAAGAAAAGGAGCAGAAGCUCACUGCUGCAGAUGAGAAAGCCAGCUUGGUUGCAGAAGAAGUAAAAACUUAUAAGCAAAGAAUUCAGGAGAUGGAAGAUGAAUUACAGAAAACAGAGAGGUCAUAUAAAAAUCAGAUUGCUAGUCAUGAGAAGAAGGCCCAUGACAACUGGCUCAUUGCUCGUGCUGCAGAAAGAGCUCUUGCAGAAGAGAAGAGGGAAGCAGCCAACCUGAGACAGAAAUUAAUAGAAGUGAAUCAAAAAAUUGCAAUGCUCCAAAGACCAAUGAUUGUAAAGCCAACUCCAGGAAGACCUGAUCAUCAGAUUCCCCCACGGAGAGGGCCCCUCAGCCGAGAUGGUUCUUUUGGUCCAUCCCCUGUGAGUGGUGGUGCACCCUCCCCCCCAAUGAUGAUGGAACCACCUAUACGGUCAGUCUCUGCUACCCUUAACCGAAGAGAUGUACCUAGAAGUGAAUUUGGGUCUGUAGAUGGGCCUCCUCUUGGUCCUGGUCUGAGGAGGUCAUCUGAAGUGUCUGGAAGAACAUCUGCCUCUGAUUUGGGCCCUGGUCUAGUCCCUUUGAUGAAUAGUGGCCCAAGAAGCUCUUCUCCCUCAACAGUGCUGGAUGGCAUGCAAACCCUUCCCCCAGAGGCUGAAGGCCCCUGUGCUCCUACUGUUCCAACAUCAGCUGAGGAGUCAGUGCCAGUUAACACUGGUCCCAAAGGCCACCCACCAUUUUCAGGAAUGCCCCUCAUGUCACCAAUAGGAGGACCUCAUCCACCACCACCUCUUCGGUUUGGACCACCUCCUCCACUACGAGGACCUUAUGGACCUCGACCUCUUCCUCCACCUCUUGCUCCUGGUGGUCCUCCACCUCUAAGCUUUCGGGAGUACUUACAUGGCCUUCCACCAGGAAUAAGGGACCUACCUCCUGACCCUCGAGAGUAUAUAUGUGGACACCCACCUUUUGGACCUCUGGGCCCUCCUGGCCCAAGAGAGUAUCUUCCUCCUGGCCCACGAUUACCACCUCCAGCCCACGGUCCAAGGGACUGUCCACCUCCACCUUUUACAAGAGACUUGACACCUUCAGGUUCUAGAGACUAUCCCUCCCCUCAUCCACCUCAUGCCUCUCAAGAAAGCACACAGGACUAUGCACAGGCUCCAGAACAGAGCCCAUAACUUUAGCCUUCAGACUGAGAGAAUGGACUGUUGGAACUUCAUACAGGUAAAAGACUUCAUUGGCUUCAAAAUAAAUUUUACUUUAAUUUCAUGAUUAGGUUCAUACGUAGGUUUGUUUACUUUUUAUUUUUUGCAGGACAUUUUUUUUUCCAAUUAAGCUGCCCCUGGCAUCAUUGUGCAUUUAUGAGCCAAACUAUUCAGCCUCUCCAUAAUUUGAGAUGCAAAAAUACAUUUUUUUUUGCCAUGAAUGAGGACCUUUUAAAGCUGUAGCCUUUUGCAGCUCUUUAAAUGUGCAAUACAAAAAUAUACCUGUGUUUUAGUUUUAUUGUAAUUGAUGAUUUCAGAUGUCAUAAAUGUAAUCAGAACAUUUCCUGUGGAAAUACUUUAUUAAAAAAGGUUAAGCGCUAUCCCUACUGCCUCCUUUCCCUAUUAUUUUGUUAAACUGUUGUUAGUGUAGACCAUUCAGCAAUAUACAUAUAUAUGUAUAUACAUAGUUAUUACAAAGGUACUAUGUGGAUAAACUUGGUUCUUUUUAAAAAGAUCUGGUGUUGAAGACCAGGAGCAUAAACAAUCCUAAAAAAAAAUAUACCAAUACAGUAAUAAAAAUUAUUCUUCCCCUUCCUAGACUCUUGGGAAAAUGAUUAUUGUAUUAGUGCUGUAUACCAUUAUCCAAAGAAAAAAAUUUUUUUUAUUAUUUCCAAGUAUAAUUCAGUUGGUUGAAAUGUUGAGAUUAAAUUCUAGUGUUAAGAUUCAAUUCAAUAGUUUGUGGCCUUUUGGAAAUGUGAGGGCCUAGCAGUUAUGGAAUGAUCUAGUGUAGGUAUAUAUUUAUACUCAUUUAAGACCCACCCAUGGGUGCGCUGCUUUAUCUGGUGCUUCUUAAUAUUUCUACUUCAAAUGAUGCUGAUAACAGCCAUCAUUGAAGUAAGAGUAUAAAAAUAAUUUUGGACUGAGCCAGUAAAAUUAUAAAGGAAAGUUCAUAAUCAACACAGCUUUAUCUCUCUACCAUAAUCAAUACGUUGCAAAAACCUUAUUUGGGUUACUAAGUGUGAAAUUCAUUCUCCUCCUGAACAUCCCUGAAUAACCAAAAAGAACACAACCAUGUAUUAUUGCAAUUUAAAUAUUACUUCCACAGUGAAGUCUGUUAUAUAAAGGGCAUAGAUAUAAAGGGCACAGAAGUUGUCCUUAACAUGGUUAAGACAUUAAAGUGGACAGGCUUAUCAA